UGAAGAUGCCGUCAGAUUUGAACGUGUAAUAAUUUUGUUAUAUUUUUUCUACCUGGUUAAUUUUAUUAUUGUUAUUUUUUGUUUGUCUGUUUUAAAACACUUUGUGAUAUUAGAAAACUUGUGAUUUUUGUGACAAUUUUUGUAAGUGUCGUUGAAGUGCGAUGCGUGCUCUCGUACUGUGCACCCUGGUUGGUGUGGUGGCAGCACAGAUAACAGUGGACCCUGCUACGUUGGACAACAUUUUCGGCCCUGCCCCCACAACCACAACUGCGCUUCCUUUGGAAAAAGUUACAAUAAAACCAACUGACACGCCAACGGAAUUUGUAGACGUAGACGGUGACGCCUGCAAAUGUCUUCCUUAUUACCUAUGCGAUAAAGACAACAUUGGUGUCGACGCCAACAAUGUUUCCGUAACGGGUUGGGGGACUUUGGAUAUCAGAUUCAGAGAAGAUCAAUGCCAAGAAAGUGCCGAGGUGUGCUGCAAGAUUCCUAAUGCGAAAACGGAGGAAGAGGUCGUGACGCCGGCUCCAUUGCCUAUAGACCGGGGAUGCGGAUAUAGGAACCCGAAGGGAUUGGAUUUUACGAUCACGGGUGGCACUGGUAACGAGGCACAAUUUGGCGAGUUUCCAUGGGUGGUGGCAAUCAUGAACGCAUUUAACGAUAGCUACGCCGGAGUUGGCGUGCUUUUGCAUCCCAGGGUCGUCAUGACUGGCGCGCAUAUUGCACACAAGUAUCAACCAAAGGAUAUCAAAAUACGCGCGGGGGAAUGGGACACCCAGACUGUGAAAGAACGUCUGAAGCACCAAGAAAGACUUGUGCAGGAAAUCUACAUUCAUAGAG